GCAGAGCUAAGGAGGACUGGAUGGUGGGAGAAGCAGCAGCUGGAGAGAAACGCUUUGCAGCAGCCGGAUCCCCGGAAACUUUACUUGGAAGGAGAAGCCUCCCUUCAUAGCCAAGUGAAUAAAGGCAGCUUUUCAGAGACGGAGGUGACUCAAGAGAAGGAGAAGGAGAUGGAAGAGCAGGACCCAGAAGGACCUGGAGCUGGCAAGAGAGCAAGGAAGAGUCCCCAUCCCAUCCCACCUGGAAGUGGUGCUGAAUUCUGGGAAAGAGCUGUGCCAGAGGUCCUGUCUAAAGACACCACGACCUCAGAUGUACUCUGCCAACACUUCCGGCAGUUCCGCUACCAUGAGGCCGAUGGGCCCCGAGAGGUUUGCAGCCAGCUCCAUGGACUUUGCAGCCAGUGGCUGAAGCCGGAGAGGCACACCAAGAAGCAGAUCCUGGACCUGGUGAUCCUGGAGCAGUUCCUGACUCUCCUGCCCCAGGAAAUGCAGGGCUGGGUCAGAGGAUGUGGGCCGGAGACCAGUUCCCAGGCGGUGGCCCUGGCUGAAGGUUUCCUCCUGAGCCAGGUAGAGGAGAAGAAGCAGGCGGAACAGGUGAGGGGAUUCUCUCCUGUAUGUCUAAUUCAAGCAACUAAAUCUGACCUUAUCUUAAAGUUUACUUGCCAGAUAAUUGCCCAGAGCUUCUUCUGCUAG